AUGGAGAUUCUUUAUGGUGCAAUGUCAGAUGGAGAAAGGAGAUUGACGGUCCGUGAAUUUCUUCACUGUUACCGUCCUGAUGAGAUUGAUAGAUCAAGGGGGUUGUACCGUUUUGCUAGUCGGGGUCCCCUGUUGAAGAUUAUCUUUGAAACCCCAGACUCAAAUAGAGACUGGAAGAGUCGCUACUUCUUCAUGGAGGGUGACAGAUGGAUGAACCGUCCAGGAGAGACGGAGUACAUGCCCGUCGAUACAACUUGGGGAAUAAUAAAUCAAUUGCGUAGACGGCGCCCGCAGGUUAGCCUCGAGGAAUUUAGUUUCCUUGAAAAGAUUUGCAGGAAAACUAAGCCGGAGGAAAGGACCUGGGCUAAGUUAGUGAAUCCAAAGACAAUACACUGGUAUUGCGACGGUCCAGAACCUACCCGUGAGGCCAUUGCAUACGACGAUAGAAUACACAAACAAAUGGACGACGCCAAGAGAAGGGCAAUGAUAAAAUCUCUCGCCGUCGAGCAAAAGAAGACGGGUGAGAUCGUGGUGCCCAAUGUGGCGGGGUCAUCGGCUAAAAGGAAGCAGCUCCCAAAAUCUGACCGUCCACACAAGCAGCCAAAGGUGUCAAUGGAACCUGUGGUGGGCUUAAUGGCUGAGGGUGCUAAGACCGUCACCCAAGUUAAACAUGGGGUCGGUAAGGGCCUAAUGAAUGCCCCACCCGUCAACGAGGAGAAACCCCCUCCCCUUCUCCGUGACGACUCGAAGUUCGCUUUGGAGAAGCUUUCGUCCAUAAUUUCUGCAGAGGACUAUGAGGAUCUGGGGAAUCACUCGACGGAGGCAAUGGGGGAGACGGGGUUAUUCGCCGUCGGACAGGUAACCUACUUUAUCCUUCGGAGUAUGUCCGUCCACUUCUUAGUUUCAUAUUUAACACUUAAUUUUGUUUAUUUCAGUCCUUGGUUAUGAUGAAGGGCUUGAUGGACCGUUGCCUCAACCGUGAAGCGGCUCUGGAACGGGUACGGUUAAAAGCUGGGCAGACGGAGGAGGAGCUUAGCCAGCUGCACAAGUGGAAGUCCACAAUGGAGCAGAAAUUUGAACUCUCAGAGAUGACGAGAAAAGAGCUUGAACAGAAGACGGAGGAAGCUGGGAAGGCCUUGAAGGGAAAAGAUGAUGAAUUAAAGGAUUUGAAGAAGAA